AUGGCUCAUACAUCUGGUACUAGAUACUUAUUCCAACGUGACUUCAAAAAGCACGGUGUUAUCCCAUUAUCAACUUACUUGAAAACUUACAGAGUUGGUGAUAUUGUUGAUAUCAAAGGUAACGGUGCUGUUCAAAAAGGUUUACCACACAAAUGGUACCACGGUAAAACUGGUAGAGUUUUCGAUGUUACCAAGUCAUCAGUUGGUGUUAUUGUUUACAAAAUUGUUCGUAACAAAUACUUAGAAAAAAGAGUUCAUUUAAGAGUUGAACAUGUUAAACACUCAGAUUCAAGAAAAGAUUUCUUAUUAAGAGUUAAAGCUAAUGCUGAAAAAAAGAAACAAGCUAGAGAAACUGGUGAACCAGCUCAAUUAAAAAGACAACCAGGUUUACCAAGAGAAGCUAGAGUUGUUUCAACUCAAGGUAACUUACCAGAAACUAUCAAACCAUUACCAUACGAAACUUACAUUUAA